CGGAGGAACGAGAAUAUGGGUGGCGCGUGUUGCGGCGCCAACAAAAAGGCGCAGAACGUGCCAGGGUCCGCCCUGGACAGGGUCAUCUCGCAGCAGGACCCUGAUAUCGACACGUGCCUCCUCUACAAGUUGGCCAACUACAAAAAGGGUGGUGAGCUGGUAGACGCUUUCAAUAAUGGAGGCCAGGCCGAGGUGGAGAAACUGCUCAAGGAGAAAUACUCGAUUUAUCUUUAUGGCGAAGGGAAAGGGCAGAUUAUCAACCGGUCAGAGUACUUGCGCUGGAAGUAUCGAAAUCAAGCACAGGUGGUGCUUCCGAUCGAGGCCUCCCUGAGCGCGCACGACCCGCUGGGCAAGUGGCAGGACCACGAGGCGUGCUGGCAAAUGCAGUUCCGCGGCUCGCUCGGCGAGGCCCUGCUGCACGUGCUCAUCAUCUGCGACACGCGGCUGCACACCAGGCUCGCGCGCACCCUCCUCAAGUUCUACCCCAAACUCUCCCUGGACGUCGUCGAGGGCGAGGAGUACCUCGGUGCAAGUGCUCUGCACCUGGCAAUCGCAUACAACAACAGCGAAUUGGUCCAGGACCUGGUGGAGGCUGGCGCCAAUGUGUCGCAGCGGGCGAUCGGCAGUUUCUUCCUUCCGAAGGACCAGCAGCGGGCCAAGCCGGCCAAGAACACGGACUACGAGGGGCUCGCGUACCUGGGCGAGUUUCCCCUGGCGUGGGCCGCCUGUUGCAACAAUGAGAGCGCCUACAACUUGCUCCUCGACAGCGACGCCAACCCUGACGACAAGGAUACCUUCGGCAACAUGAUCCUGCACAUGGUGGUGGUGUGUGACAAGUUGGACAUGUUCGGCUACGCCCUGCGACACCCGCGUCGUCCUGCGAGCAACGGCGUGGUGAACAACUCGGGCCUGACCCCACUGACCCUGGCGUGUCAGCUGGGCCGGGCAGAGGUCUUUAAAGAGAUGUUGGAGCUCAGCUGCCGCGAGUUCUGGCGCUACUCCAACAUCACCUGCUCGGCCUACCCUUUGAACGCCCUCGACACCCUCCUACCGAGCGGAAAAACCAACUGGAAUUCUGCGUUAUUCAUCAUCCUGAACGGCACAAAAGAGGAGCACUUGGACAUGCUCGACGGCGGCAUAAUUCAGCGUCUGCUCGAGGAGAAGUGGAAAACUUUUGCCCAAAGGCAGUUUCUGAAGCGCCUCCUGAUUUUGGCCUUCCACCUGUUCACGAUGAGCGUGGCCAUUUACCUGCGGCCGGCGGACAGACACGCGCCCCUGCUCGGCGGCUCCGAGGCCGCCGACAUCGCUCGAUACGGAUUCGAAAUCGUCUCCAUCCUCAACUGCCUCAGCUACGUCAUAUUUCAGCAGGGCCACGAAAUCAAAAAUCAAGGAUUAUUCUCGUUUUUGAAGCAACUCAGCCACGAUCCUGCAAAGCUGAUCUUUUUGGUGUCGAAUCUGCUGCUGCUGACGUGCAUCCCGCUGCGCUUCCUCGGCAACAAAACGGGCGAGGAGUCUGUGCUGAUCUUCGCGGUGCCCGGCUCGUGGUUUCUGCUCAUGUUCUUCGCGGGCGCCAUCAAGCUGACGGGUCCGUUCGUGACGAUGAUCUACUCGAUGAUCGCCGGCGACAUGUUCACUUUCGGCAUCAUCUACACGGUGAUGCUGCUCGGCUUCUCGCAGGCCUUCUACUUCCUCUACAAGGGACACCCGAGCGUCCAGUCCUCCCUCUACUCCUCCUACCCUUCCACCUGGAUGGCGCUCUACCAGGUCACCCUCGGGGAUUACACCUAUGCAGAUCUUGCUCACGUCACGUAUCCAGCCCUGGGAAAGACGAUUUUCAUCAUAUUCAUGAUCUUGGUGCCAAUUCUCCUGCUGAACAUGUUGAUCGCCAUGAUGGGCAACACUUACGCCCUGGUUAUUGAACGCAGCGAAAAGGAAUGGAUGAAGCAGUGGGCGAAAAUCGUGGUGAGUCUCGAGAGAGCAGUCAAUCACGAAGAUCUGAAGAAGUAUCUGGAGGAAUAUUCAAUUUCGCUGGGCAAAUCCGCCGAGGAUCCGACCGUAGAGACGAGAGGGGUCAUGGUGAUCAAGAGCAAAAGCAAGACCAAAGCCAAGCAGAGGAAAGGCGCCCUUGCAAAUUGGAAGAGGGUGGGCCGAGUGACGAUCAAAGAGCUGCACAAGCGGAACAUGACUGGCGAGGAGCUGAAUAAAAUCAUGUGGGGCCGCUCGGACAUCGCCACGCCGGUGCGACAAGUGCCGGACGACCUGGACGACGUCGACCUCAACCUGCUGACCACGGACGCGCUGUCCAGCGCCCUGGACACGAUGGCCUUCGCGGCCGACCUGCCGCUGCCCACGACCAACUCGGCCGCCGCCACCGGACCGCCGGUCAGCAUCGGCGCUCACAGGGGCGCUGCACCCCCUUUGCUAAUGGCGUUGGGUCAGCAGCAACUGCACCAAGGAGAAAUCGCGGAUCCCUCCUCCCCCGACCCUCUGCGCGACCUGGUGAUUCAGCCGGACCUGAGUCCCGAGCGGGCGGCCGCCCUGGCCGCUCAGGCGGCCGCCACGGCCGUCCUGCCCAUGGCCGUUGGCCACGCGGAGGGCCACCAGGCACCGGCGGCGUCGACCGCCAACCCUUUCUCCGGGAUGCACACCGCGGCGGCGGCUACGUUCGCGUUCUUGGCGCCAAGCAAGCUGGUCGAAGCCAAAAAGCUGUCGCCGCACGUCAGCCUCGACACCAGCGACAGCGAGGGAAUUGAGGGUCCUCUUCUUGGGCGCGCGUCUCGACUCCGCAGGGUGAGAAGCGCCGCAAGACAGCGUUUCUUCUCAGCAAAAACCCCGAAGACAACUCGCUCCGACUCGAUUCAGAGCAACGACUCGAUUUUUUCUGCUGACGGGUUUACCCUCUGGAGCUCAAGACUACCAGCAGGUGUGGUGAAUCCAGCCUUUGCGUCAUCGCCGGAAGAAGAGUCGCGUGCAGAGUCUCGGCCGCGUACGGCGCACAACAAAGUGGGUCCGUCGGUGCACGGCGCGCGGGCCGUGCGGUCGGCGGGCGGCGACCCCAACCGUCUGCAGCAGAUCAGCUCGUGGAGCACCAGGGACAUCGCCAGCAUCAACACCCUGCUCGCGUGGGACCAGCCGCCCGGCACCAGCAGCCCUCCAGAGUAGCACGGAAAAUGGCUUUUUUCCUUUUAAUAGGAAAAUCAAUGAAAUUAACUCACUUUUUUAUUUUUUUAUUGGUUUGUAGUGAAUCAAAUGAUAAAUAAAUAAUAUGAAAAAUAUAAAUAAUUAAUAAAUUAAUUUACCGAAUAAUAUGGUAUAAAAAUUGCCAAAAAAAUUGCUAAAGAGAGUUAAAAAUAAAUUAUAUCGAUUUAUUAAAUUUAUUUAUA